UUCUUACAAUAUCACUGUACUAGUUGGGAAAAAGUCACUGAAGUGUAAAAAAAAAUUCCUCAAUCAUGGCGGUGGGUUAAAAGUAUCGUCGGUAUUUCAGAAUUUUAAUGCACCUAACCUUUUGCGUUUGCUACAAAUAUGCUAAUGGUUCAUCGUAUUUUUCCUUAUUUUCUAAAGCAGAUCUCAUGUCCAACCGAUUCUGUUGCAAUAAAACCGGAGUUUUGUGCUUACUUACUUGUGAUGCACUCACACAAAGAAGCAGAUAGACUUUUUCAGGCUCUUAGUUCACGUAUAACCACUUUUAAUAGUCGUUUGAACUCAGAGCUUACUGGUCUUCAGGAAACUAAUAGCGCGUCAAACAGUCCUGGAGAUUUUCCUGUCGUCCAUUCCCGUAAGAAUGCUAAUCCAGAAGAGGGUGAUGAUUCUCCUUUUAUCGGUAAAGGUGACGAAAGAACACAAAGCACUAAAUCAGAAACUGACGACUUACCCACAAAUGUAGACAGUGAAUCUUCGAUUCUUACACCAUCUACAGAUUAAAGGUGAUCUACUCAAACGUACGAGAUUCCCUACAUGUGUAUUUUAUAAACAUUUUCUUCACAAAUCAUCUUGUGUUUUCUGAUGUUAUUAUCUGUAUGUCAUCUUUAUAGAUAUUUACAAAUAUACGCGG